UGGUAAAUGACCUCAGAUAUCUCCAACAAAUGGUUGAGAAGUCAAGUGCCUCCCGAGUAUACGAAUCUCAGCCUUCAACAUGUGAGAGACAUGGUUCCUUCUCUACGAUACGAGGACAUGUUCAGAGCCCAUAUCUCUACCCCCGACCUCACUGAGCCAGGUUCUCUUUGCUACUAGACUAUCUAGUAGGAGGAACCCGCCUGUGUUUCUUUUCUCCUCUCCCUAGCUAAGCUGCACUCUCUGAAGGCAAGAUGUCCCAGCCCGACGACCAGCACCCUUUCCUGGGUGGAAAUGCAUUGUCGCAAGCCCCAUCAUUUCACAUUCACCCGGCACGCUCCCCGCGGGACAUCGCGACCGCAACCUCCCUGAUCAAGUCCUACACCGAUUCACUAGGCAUCGACCUCAGCUAUCAGGACUUCAGCACGGAAAUCAGUCAGAUGCCGGGAAAAUACGCCCCGGAAAAGGGUGGCGAGAUUUUGCUCGCCAUCCAAAACAACUCCGCCAGCGACAACUUCUACGAGCCUGUCCAUGCAGAGGAAAACCAUGGGGGCAGCGUAUCUCCCCGCAAGAACUACUGCUGCAGCUGUACAUACGUCGAAUCCGACGUCCUCGGGUGCGCAGCUCUUCGCAGUUUGCCGUCUAUAAACCCCUUGCGCGUCUGCGAGAUCAAACGGCUUUAUAUCCUCCCGCGCGCCCGCGGUCUGGGUAUCGGCAAGGCGCUUAUCAACGCAGUUAUCGACACGGCCCGGGAGAAAGGGUACGCUGAGAUGCGUCUGGACACGCUGCCGACCAUGCAUAGCGCUAUUGCGCUCUAUAAGAGCCUAGGUUUUGAAGAGAUCGACGCGUACUAUGAGUGCAACUGUCCCGUGGAGGGGACGGUGUUUUUGGAGUUGAGGUUGGGUCGGGGUUGUUCUGUGAAUGAUGUAAGUGGAGUGCUUACGCAGUAGAUGGCUGGAUAUCAUGGUCUGAGGACUGAGCGCCUCGCAUACUGCUGUGGAAGUAACACGUCUAGGCGGAUUUUGGAGAAUUUGUUGCAGUUGCUCACAAGCAGGAAAGGCUAUGGGGGACAACUGCAAGGGUAUCAUGUCUUUACCCUUAAAGGUAGUGAAUCAUGAUAUACAUAUCAUACAGAAGAAGCAAAAGGUUGUUUCAAACUUGAGUAAGCAUUGCUCUUGUAUUUUAUCACCAGGAAAUUUCUCUAGAUUAAACAUAGAGAACGAGAAACAGGAAAACAACA